AUGCAUGAUAUAUAUUUAUCAUUCAAAAUACAGAACAAAGUAGUUGGUACAACAACCGAUAAUGGCAGUAAUUUUGUGAAGGCAUUUAAAACUUAUUACACUUUGCCAAAACUUGAAGAUAAUGAAUUGGAGGAUGGAGAUGACAAUGUUUUAGAAAUUAUUGAUUUGACUCAAAUACUAGAAGAAGGAGAAAACAAUUUAGAAGAAACUCAAGAAACCACUAUACAUUUACCUCGUCAUUUCAGAUGUGCAAGUCACACAAUUAAUUUAGUAGCAACUAGUGAUAUUGAUGCAUAUUUUAUUGACAAGAACCAAAUUAAUAAAAAGAAUCCUUCAUUUCCAUCACUUAAGAAAUCGUACAGGAAAGUUAUGGCUAACCUAUUUAAAUUAUGGUCAAAACAAAACCAAUCACAAUUGCUACACAUUAGAAGUUUAUUUGAAAGUACCCAACAAAACAUGUUGGAACUCAUUAUUUAA